AAAAAAGAAAAACUUUCCCUUAUCUUUUUAUGAGAGGAAAUUAAAAAAAUAGGGAAAAAGAAAACAAAAAUCUCACGGAUUAUACCACAGUUGCACUACUACAGGUAGGCAGAGGGAAGAGAGAAAAGAAAAGCUGUCCAGAAAGAAAGAGAAAGGAAAGAAAAGGGAAAAAUCAGUUUGGGAAACGUAAUAACCAAAUGAGCCUACCUUUACCAAUGAGGCUGCUAUUGCCUUUAACCCCUACCACCAGAACUCCUUCUUAUUGCUCUUCUUUUCUCUCUUCUCCAAACCCUAAUUUCACUUUCUCCUAUCAUCCUCAUCACUCGUGUCCUUUAAGAAGGAACCCACAUUCUUUCUCCAAGCAAAAGUGGCUUUGUGGACAUGCAAGAAGAGAUCAAGAGAUGGAUGGCUAUAGAUAUGAAGAGGAGAAUGCAGUUUGCUUAUUUAGUUCUGAUGAAGAUACUGGGACACAGAUUCCAACCCAGGCCCAAUCUAUUGUGGAAGGGUCAGGGGCAGUUAUGGUUUCAGAAUUGAAACCUGUUCCUGAUGUAGAUUAUUUGCAGGAGUUAUUAGCAAUUCAGCAGCAAGGGCCUAGAACCAUUGGGUUUUUUGGGACUCGGAAUAUGGGAUUCAUGCACCAAGAGCUUAUUGAGAUUCUUAGCUAUGCAUUAGUUAUAACUAAAAACCAUAUUUAUACAUCAGGUGCAUCAGGUACUAAUGCAGCUGUUAUCAGAGGCGCUUUAAGAGCAGAGAAGCCAGAGUUGCUUACAGUAAUAUUGCCGCAGAGCUUGAAGAAACAACCACCUGAGAGCCAGGAAUUGUUAUCAAAGGUGAAGACUGUGAUAGAGAAGCCUUAUAAUGAUAAUCUACCUCUGAUAGAAGCCAGCAGGCUGUGUAAUAGGGACAUCAUUUCAAAUGUACAGCAAGUCAUUUGCUUUGCCUUCCAUGACAGCAAGUUGCUCAUGGAAACAUGCCAAGAAGCCAAGAGUCUGCGGAAAAUCGUGACUCUCUUUUACCUGGACUAAACAAUGUCAUCAGUUGUCUAUAAAUUAUUUGGAGAUAGGGAGAGCGCACGAGAAAGAGCAAGCUUUUGAUUGUAAAUUAUACAAAUUGGUUUAACCAUUUUCUUGUAGAGUGAACAAUGAGAAUGGGGCCAAUUUGCUCCUUUCAUUGCAAAUGUCCAGUGGGGUUCUUAUUGGUUCAUUAAAGACCGAAAAGGAAAUAAAUUUUAUGCAUGCUCUGCAUUAACUGUGAAA